UAACCAAAGUGUACCCAACAUUCCAUUGUCCCAAUAUAAUAUACACGAGAUAAUCCACAACAAUCACAACACACUCACGAUCAUCAUCAUCAUCAUCUUCAUAUCAAUCGUCAUCUUUCUUUAUUAUCUUCCUUGAUUCAUCAUCAUCACUCUCACUUUAACGUGUUGCUUCAUCUCAUUUCUCUCAAGGUUUAAAAAGGUUUAAUAUCUUGUAAAAGAUAUCUAACAAACAUGAUGAUUAAAGCUGCUGGGAGAAGAGGAAUUCAUUAUUUACACACAUUGAAUAAUGUUCCAAAGAAUUUGAUAGAGAAGGGCCAGAGUCGAGUCGUUGAGGCCUCUCUUACUCUUAUUCGUGAGCGCGCCAAACUUAAGGGAGAGCUAGUGCGGGCGUUGGGUGGUGCUAAAGCUUCAUCAUCUCUUCUUGGAGUACCUCUUGGACAUAAUUCAUCAUUUCUUCAAGGUCCAGCGUUUGCUCCACCGAGGAUCCGAGAGGCCAUAUGGUGUGGAAGCACAAAUGCUACUACAGAGGAAGGUAAGGAGUUGGAUGACCCCAGGGUAUUAACAGACGUUGGCGAUGUUCCUGUUCAAGAGCUUCGAGACUGCGGAAUAGACGACGACAGAUUAAUGAAUAUCAUUAGUGAGUCUGUCAAACGAGUGAUGGAAGAAGAUCCAUUGAGACCGUUAGUUUUAGGGGGUGAUCAUUCGAUAUCGUAUCCUGUAGUAAGAGCUGUGUCGGAGAAGCUUGGAGGACCUGUGGAUGUACUACACCUUGAUGCGCAUCCUGAUAUCUAUGGUUGUUUUGAAGGAAAUAAGUAUUCACAUGCAUCUUCUUUUGCCCGUAUUAUGGAGGGGGGCUAUGCUCGCCGUCUGUUGCAGGUUGGCAUUCGAUCAAUAACAAGUGAAGGACGUGAACAAGGAAAAAGAUUCGGAGUUGAACAAUAUGAAAUGCGCACGUUUUCAAAAGAUCGCCACUUUCUGGAGAAUCUGAAACUUGGAGAGGGUGUUAAGGGAGUGUAUAUAUCAAUAGACGUUGACUGUCUUGACCCUGCAUUUGCUCCUGGUGUUUCCCAUAUCGAGCCAGGUGGUCUCUCGUUCAGAGACGUUCUCAACAUUCUCCACAAUCUUCAAGCCGAUGUGGUUGCUGCCGAUGUGGUCGAGUUUAAUCCACAGCGUGAUACUGUUGAUGGUAUGACCGCCAUGGUUGCUGCUAAACUGGUAAGAGAGCUGACUGCUAAAAUAUCAAAAUAAAAAAAAAUAAAAAGAUUUCAAACCCGUGGAACAUCUGAUGAGCCGGUUUUGUUGGUGUGUCACCAAAUGUCUUGUAGUCAAGAUGUUGUUCAAUAAACAUGUAUGUAGUUUGAACCGGAUUGUUCUGUUGGUUUAUUUCUUGAUUGAAAGAUAUCUGAAGAACUCAGGUUAAUAGGUAUAGUGCAAAGUAUGUUUUACUUUU